GGCUGGUUCCCAGACCACAGCACCGUGAUCGUGGAGUCGCUGGAAACUCACCGACAGCGCGCCUGGGUUUAUGUAUGUGGCCUGAGUGUCCCGCCGUCACCUUCCUGCCGGUUUACGCAUGGAGGAGUUAGCCAGAGAGAGCAUCGGCCUGCUGGCUUCAGCCUCAGCCAAGCCCCUGCUGGACGUGGCCACCGGGCCUCGGCUCGGUUCCGUGGGAGCCAUUUUCAUCAUGCUGAAAUCCGCUCUGGGCGCCGGGCUCCUCAACUUCCCUUGGGCCUUCGAGAGAGCCGGGGACAUCCGCAGCGCAGUCACCAUGGAGCUGGUCUCCCUUGUGUUCCUGGUCAGUGGAUUGAUAAUCUUGGGAUAUUCCUCGUCUAUCAGUGGCCAGUGCACCUACCAGGCAGUGGUGAAAGAGGUGUGUGGGCCAGCCAUCGGGCAGCUGUGUGAGAUCUGCUUCAUCCUCAAUCUUUUUACGAUUGCUGUGGCCUUUCUGGUCAUAGUGAACGACCAGCUUGAGAAGUUGUGUGGCUCCCUGUAUGAGCUGGUAACUGGUUUGCUGGACUCUGAGAUGCCGUACCACUUCUACACAGACCAGCGCUUCCCCCUGGUGCUGCUCUGUGCUUUCCUCAUUCUGCCGUUGUCCAUCCCCAAAGAGAUCAGCAUUCAGAACUAUAUCAGUGUUCUGGGUACUCUGGCUGCCACCUACCUGACUAUAGCCAUUGCCAUCAAAUACCACACCAUGCCUUCUGUUGUGAUCCACGAAACACAUCCCAGCUGGGCCCCCAGCUCCUGGGCCUCGAUGUUCAGCGUCAUCCCGACCAUCUGCUUUGGUUUCCAAUGCCAUGAGGCAUCUAUUGCCAUCUACAGCAGCAUGGAGAACCAGCAGCUCUCUCACUGGGUCCUCAUCUCUGUGGCCUCCAUGAUUUUCUGUCUUGUCAUCUACUCCCUCACAGGGGUUUAUGGGUACCUGACAUUUGGAAAGGAUGUGAAGGCUGACAUUUUGAUGUCAUAUGCCAGCGAUGACAUUCUGAUGCUCAUUGCCAGGCUGCUGUUCGGAGUCUCCAUCAUCACUGUCUAUCCCAUCAUCCUGCUGUUGGGCAGAUCAGUGAUCCAGGACCCCCUGCUGAGUUGGUGGCAGAGGCGUUACGGCGUGGUUACAGUGGAGUUUGAAAGCCGCAGCCGCUACACACUGACAGUCUUGUGGAUUGCAGUGACGCUGCUCAUUGCCAUCUUUGUGCCAGACAUCAGCAGGGUCAUCAGUGUCAUUGGAGGGAUCAGUGCCUUUUUUAUCUUUAUCUUCCCAGGACUCUGUCUGGUGUUUGCCAUGCAGUGUGAGCCAGUGUCCUGUAAAACCAGAGUCGUCCUCACAGCCUGGGGAGUGGUGACCCUCAUCUGCGGAACCUUCAUCUUUGGCCAGAGCACCACCAUUGCUGUCAUGCAGCUCCUCAGAAAGAUUUGACUCUUACACUUCCCUCACAGAUCCAGGUGUUUUUACUGAAACAGUGUGAGUACAUCUGAACUUGUACUCCUCCCAUACCCUACCCUAAAGAGCCUCUGGUGAAUUAUUUCCAUUAUAGAUUAUCUCUUAGAUUAUCUGGUAGCAGGCAGCUGGUGAGUGUGUGGGUGCUGGUAAAGAGGAGGUGGUUCUGGAGACAGCAGUUAUUGCAAAGGUGCCCGCAUGCCUCUCACAAAUUUUGGAACAGACAGGUCAAAGGCCACAGUUCAUUCAGAAGGGCUGCGAAAUAGUGACUACUGGUGAGAUUAGCCAAUUGUACAGUGAUGGUGGCUGGACAGCUGAGUGGGCCUGGCUUUCAGAUGAAGCUGCCUAAGUGAGCCUAUGUUGCUUUUACUGAUUAGCAACCACUGUGACUGCAGGUGACACCUAUGGGGUUAUGCCACCGCUGUUUAGCAAUUAGCUAAAGUGCAAAGCUAUUGGAAGUGGAACAUAUACAGCAGUAUUUACCAAUUAUUUUUUUUACAUUAGUAAUCUGUCCAGCCACCACCAUAA